CAAAAGUGAUUAAGACACAGUGUCUGCUUUUAUGGAACGUAUGACCAAGUUGAAGAGAGAGACGGAUAAGCAGACUAUUUUGUCAAGUAAUACGGCAGACUCAUGCUAAGCCUUAUAGUGGAGCAAUACAUUUUCUUUUUUCCACUUGAUAGUCCUAGUUCCCCCAGUUUGAACUCAAAUAUUUGAUUUAUGACUGUGACGUACUAACCUUUGUACGUGUUUUUCUUUGUUUAAGAAUUUCCAAGAACAAACAUGAUCAUGAGUAAAUAGUAUCUGCACUGUCUAUCCGGGGGUUACAAGCACUUACCUGUUAGGAGAGACAUCAUCUACCCGUGAGAAUGGAGUGUUGCCGCCGUGGUCGCGGUGGAUUUUGGUGCAGAACACUGCCGCAGAGAAGUCUCGGUUGUCUGACGUUACCAACACUGGGAUUGCAAGGGCGAGAUGAGCAUGUGCUAGGGAGGUUGGUGGGCCUUUCUUCCUAAGAGUAAGAGAAGGUCUGGUCCACGGCCCUUCACCUACAGAACAUUUAAGAUGCAGUCCCGAUGAGGGAGAGACAUUGAAGAAUCAUUCUGAAAGCAGAAAAGGUGAAUGGAAAUGCUUUCAACAAGACCUUGCAUGAAAGUGAGGAGAGAGAGGAGGCCACUGUCGGGCUCACCCCGCCUCACGCGGUGAAACGCACGUCACUCUGGGUCUGGCGGUGGAGCGAGCUCUUUCAGCUUGAGACUUCCUGUGUGGUUUUAGCUCAAGGACCAGAGGAUCCCAUGCAGGUUAUCACGUUGCAUUUAGUUGUCAUGCACCCUGAGGCUACACUUGGCUGUUACAGACUUCCCUUGUUGUUGAUGAUCUCAAUAGUUUUGAGGAGUGCUAGGUACUCUGUUUAUUUCCUGUGAAUUGGGCAUCUUGAAGAAGUCUCCAUGCCGUCAGAUGAAGUGUUUAUAUAGCUGGCUGGAAAUUGCUUGGUUACAAGAGCUAGUGUGAGCAGCCUCGUGGAACAGGGAACGCUGACUUAGUCAUUCAGAACAGUGGUUGGCUAAGCGACGGGGGGACAGGCCUAACUUCUCUGUGGGAAAGCGACUGAAUACAUGAGUAAAAGGAGCCGGGCAGGCAGCAUAGCAACAUCAAGACACUGACACUGGAAUCGCCCCCAGGAAUGGGUCACGAUCUUGGGUCAGUGGUUCUCCUUGGGGAAGGCCAUUUCCAUGUCUGAUUGACAUCUCUUUAGACACACCUAUUGGAUUACUUUCUAAUCUCCUGUUUCUGUUGAGUUUGACUCUUUUUUUUUGAGAUUCUCCAUAACUGAUGCCGUGCAGUAUUUGUCUUUGGCUUAUUCCAUUUCACAUAAAGCCCUGAAGAGGAUUUCCUUUUUCCCUCAUGGCUGGAUAAUAUUUCAUUAUAUGUUUAGGAAUAUACAGGUAUAAUGUUUAUUACAAAAUGCUUUAUUUUAUACAUAUAUACAGCAUAUAUCUCACAUUGUUUUUCAUAUGUUGUUCAUUAUGAACAAUGCUGCAAUGAACGUAGGAGUAAAGAUACCUGUUCAAGAUCCUGGUUUCAUUUCCUUUGGUUAUAUACCCAGAAGUGGGAUUGCUGGAUCAUGGGGUGGUUCUAUUUUUAAUUUUUUGAGCAAUCUCCGUACUGUUUUCCAUAGUGCUGCAUCAAUUUAUGUUCCUACUAACAGUACAAUAGUGUUCUCUUUUCUCCACACGCUUGACAGCAUUUAUACUCUCUUCCCAUUUUGAUGAUAGCCAUUCUAACAGCGGUCACGUGUUAUUUCAUUGUGGUUUUGAUUUAAAUUUCCUGGAUGGUUAGUGAUGUAAAGCACCUUUUCAUGUAUCUGUUGGUCAUUUGUGUGUCUUCUUUGGAAAAAUGACUGUUCAGUUCCUCUGGCCAAUUUUUAAUCUAGUUUUUUUUCUUUUUUGUGUUGAGUUAUAUGAGUUAUUUUAGAAUAUUAACCCUUUAUCAGCUAUAUGAGUUGCAAAUAUUUUCUCCCAUUUUGCAGUUGCCUUUUCAUUUUUGUUCAUAGUUUGCCCUGCUUGGCAGAAGCUUUUUAGUUUGAUAUAAUCUCUUUAUUCAGUGAAUUUCUCUAUAUUAGCGUAUACCUAUGUCAUAAAGCAGAUUUCAAUAAAGUGAUUAUUUUGGAUGUAUAGUAUUUCAUUUUAUUAAUAGGGAAUUAACCAAUCCCUCAUUUAUGGACACACAUUUUUUCUAAUAUUUCUGGUGCUCAGAUAUAAUACUGUUAUGAGUGUUCUGUAAGGUAAAAUUUGUUUACAACAUGAAGUUUUUAAUCCUGAAACACUCUUUGCUUUUACUUCCCUUUAUCUAUUAGAAUUUCUUUAAAAAUGUGAUAAAUAUAAUACAUGCAUAGAAUAUGAGGCCUCACGAUGAAGCAAAUAUGAGUAAUCUUUUCUUCUCCCCUGUAGUCCACCUGCCUGUGAUCACCUGUGCAAGUAAUUUUCUAUAUAAAUAUGAAUUAAAUAAACACAUUUGCAUAUGUUUCUUCUUGUUGUUUUUCUUCUUCUUCUCUUCCUCUUGUUCCUCCUCAUUUCCUUUUCCAUGAGCUGCUGUUAAGUGUCCACUGCUUUACUGCUUGGUUUUUGCUCCUAAACAGUAAAACAUGUAGAACCUUCCUUCUAGCUCAUUCUUUAAAGGGUUCUCCCUUUAAAAUGCUUGGAUAUAUAACUACCCACGUGGAGAGAUGUUGCAUCGUAUUACAAGGCUGCAGUACAAAAGGUUCAUUUCAUUCUAAUAUAAUGGACGCCCCCAUGAAGGGGAUACUGUAUAUGUCCGUAUAAUAUUUUUUCACAUUUGCUUGUUAUAAGUGACAAUCAUACAUUAAUAAUUAAUACUUUUUCCUUCUUCCCACUUACACUUACCUGAAUCCUGACCCAAUGCAGUGUAAUCAGAUUUUUAAAAUUAGAGUUAGAGAGUAAACAAAAUAAAAAUAAAUUACAAUAUAGGCAGACAAAUCAAUGUAGAAUAUUUUUUAACUAGGCCUCUGCUCUCUCCAUCCCUGACUUUACUGAGAUCUUUGAGUGAACAGUAACGUUAUAAUAUUCUUUUUGGUCAACUAACCUUGUAUUUCAUAUAUUAAAACUAAAAUGUGAUAUAUUUUUAGGAUUAUUUGUAAAACCAUUUGAUUUGAACAGGACGUAGAAGGAUGGGAAACUUGUGACCACUGCCUGUAUAUGAGAUAUCUUGUGUGGUUUCAACCAGGGUCAAAUAUGCAUUAUUUUCUAUGAGGUUAUAACCCCAGUGAGAAAGUCUGACGUCUGUUUUUGUUUGUAUGCAAUAUGUAUUUCUUCCUACUAUAAAAACUGAGGUUUUUUUUUUUUCAUUUGUGCAAUAAAGAGCAAAAGAUAGAUUGUUUGUGGCUAUCUGACUAUAUUUCUACGAAUAGAAUUUCCUUUGAAAAAAAAGUUGAAGAGGGCUUGGCACCAAAAAACCCUAAGCCAAACUGUUACUAUCUGAAUGCAUAGGUUUCAUUAUGUGAUUUCUAUCUUGAAAUGCCAUUUCAUGUACAUUAUUAUUUAAAUCCACCUUUGAUUGACACAUGUUAUUUCCAGUGUUGUUCCUGUUUUUUUGCUUCCUCUGGUUAUCUGGAAUCUUUGUUUCCAUAUCCCUAUGUCUUCCUUCACUGCAGACUCAGUUCUCAUACAAAUUUUCAGUCUAGACUACACAAUUAUGCAUUUUUUAUGACAGUGGCUUUUCCUAGUUUAUUUCCAGAGUGAUGGAGUAUUGCCUGUACAAAGUAGAUGAUAUUUAAAGGCUUGUUGCAUGUAGUUUAAUUAACGUGGGGCAACUUUAUUUUUGUUAACCUACUAUAAGUAUAUCCAGUUAUAGAUUCACAUUUCCUCUGUGGUUUUUACCAAAUGAAGGUAGUAUCACACAGCUGUAUGUGGCUGUCCCACCUGAGGCUGGGUCUGGACAUCUCAUCAACCCUAAGAGGAUCGUGGCAGAAAUAUCUUUCCAUUCACCUACCAACAUCUUUACAGGAUCUUCUUCACUACUGGGACCAAGAAAUCAUCCCAAAGGCUCCAUAAUGUCAAAUGAUUCAGACUGUGAACAGCCUUCAGAAAAUACACAGCAGACAGAGGCUAUCCCUAUUGUGGACUUGGAACCACCUCUUGCCCUUCCUCCCCCUCCCGCUCCGGAGGAUGAAUGGAGUCCUAUUCCCGAGCACGCCAACGUGCAUGCUUCUCCUUUCCCCAUUACUCUGUUUGGAACAAUUUCCGUGAUCCUGGGAGUCUCCUGCCUGCUGCUGUUGAUGCUGUGUGGAUUCUUUGGUUAUCAGUACUUUCAAAGUGUUCAGCAAUCAGAGAGCCAGUUGAAGAACCUUAACCAAUGGAUUGAGUCUUUCCAAAACAAAGAGGAAAAAUUCCUUCAGAUUCAAGAAUCUCUUGACCAAAAUAAAGAAAUCCUAGAGUGGCUCCAAAACCGGAAUGAAUAUCUCAUUAAAGCUUUACAGGAACUGAAUACGAAACCAGGAGACAGAUGUGGACCUCCUCCGAGUCCCUGGGUGCAGUACCGAGACCACUGCUACCACGAAACCGAGGAAAUGGUUUCUUGGUUAGAGUGUUCUAAUAUUUGUGCCUCGUUGAAUGCUACAUUUUUAAAUACAGAAAGGAGUAGAUUGAUGAAUAUUUUGAAGUUACUUGUGGGAAAUCACACUUGGCUUGGUCUGUCUUACAAGGAGGAGGACAAUCAGUGGAAGUGGGAAGAUGGCUCUCUCCCUUCUCCUGGCCUGUAAGUGUCUAGUACAUAAUCCAGUUCCUUAUUCCUUUUUUCAAUGUCUUUGGCUUAAAGAGCUUAAGGGAACAGAGAAGACUGCUCGGGACAGAAUUUAAACCUCUUUAUUUCUUGCCUUUGCUAUUUCAUAUAAUACUGUUGGUUAUUUUGUAAAUCAUAAAGUCAUCUUGAUAUUUCAUAAUUAGUGUACAUAUACCCUUUGAUAGCAUCUACCUUAUGGCAUUUAUAUUAGUGGUGAUACUGUAAAUGAAAAUAAAAUGAACACAUUGGAGCAGAAGCAAAUGUCCUGACACACACAGUUAACCCUUGAACAAUGAGGGCCAACCCUCCAUGUAGUCAAAAAUCUGCUUGAACUUACAGUCAGCCCUCCUACAGGCAGUUCCAAAUCCGUGUGUUAAACCAGCCACGGAUCCUGUAGUACUGUAGUAUUUACUGUUGAAAAAAACCCACCUGUGAGUGGACGUGCAAAGUUCAAAUCCGUGUUGUUGAAGGACAUAUAUACAAACACACACACACACACACACACACACACACAUAUUCUACACUUUGUUACUAAUCGUAACUGGCUUUAUAUCUAAUGUAUUUACAAGCAAAGCAUUCCUCCUCCAACUGCAGCUGUACUGACUGACCUGUGGUUUCUGUCGUGCUGAUCUCGACUGAAACAUAAGUGUGUGCCCCGGGUCCCAUGAUUUUCCAGCCAGACCGUUCUCUUCCUCUCUAUACGGGUGUAUCUUCUCCUACUUAUAAAUACUUAUCACGUUUUGUGAAGCUUAUUCAUUACUUAUGCAUCCAUCUCAUUUUUUAAUGUAUAAAUGUGUGAGUCCUUUGAAAAGAGGGAGCGUG